AUGCCCCCCCCUGCGCCCGGGGCCCGGCUCCGGCUCCUCGCCGCCGCCGCCCUGGCCGGCCUGGCCGUCAUCAGCCGAGGGCUGCUGUCCCAGAGCCUGGAGUUCAACUCCCCAGCAGACAACUAUACGGUGUGCGAAGGCGACAACGCCACCCUCAGCUGCUUCAUUGAUGAGCAUGUGACGCGGGUGGCCUGGCUGAACCGCUCCAACAUCCUGUACGCGGGCAAUGACCGCUGGACCAGCGACCCACGUGUGCGGCUGCUCAUCAACACUCCCGAGGAGUUCUCCAUCCUCAUCACCCAGGUGGCGCUGGGUGAUGAGGGCCUGUACACCUGCUCCUUCCAGACCCAACGUCAGCCCUACACCACGCAGCUCUACCUCAUCGUCCACGUGCCUGCCCGCAUCGUGAACAUCUCCUCACCUGUGACAGUCAAUGAAGGGGGUGACGUGAACCUGCUCUGCCUGGCUGUGGGGCGGCCGGAGCCCACGGUCACCUGGAGGCAGCUCCGAGACGGCUUCACCUCGGAGGGCGAGAUCCUGGAGAUUUCCGACAUCCAGCGGGGCCAGGCCGGGGAGUACGAGUGCGUGACCCACAACGGCGUGAACUCGGCGCCCGACAGCCGCCGGGUGCUGGUUACAGUCAACUAUCCCCCGACCAUCACCGACGUGACCAGCGCGCGCACCGCCCCGGGCCGGGCCGCGCUCCUGCGCUGUGAAGCCAUGGCUGUGCCGCCCGCGGACUUCCAGUGGUACAAGGAUGACAGGCUGCUGAGCAGCGGCGCGGCCGAGGGCCUGAAGGUGCAGACGGAGCGCACCCGCUCCAUGCUGCUCUUCGCCAACGUGAGCGCCCGGCACUACGGUAACUACACGUGUCGCGCCGCCAACCGGCUGGGAGCGUCCAGCGCCUCCAUGCGGCUCCUGCGCCCAGGAUCCCUGGAGAACUCGGCCCCCAGACCCCCGGGGCCCCUGACUGUCCUGUCUGCCCUGGGCUGGCUGUGGUGGAGGAUGUAGGUACCGCGGCGUCUCCCCCUGCAGGGGGCCUCGGGCCAAGAGAGGAGACUAGGGGGAGAGAGAAAGCGCCAUUGAGUCAGGAGGGGGCGAAAGAGCUCUCAGCCAUGGAGGAAGAGGAGAGGAAGAAGAGGAGGAAGAGGAAGAAGAAGGAGGAGGAGAAAGAUCUUUAGAAAACCCGUCACUGUGAGGGAUACUGUAAAAUUGUCCAUCUUUCUACAGCCAUUCUCGCCACCCGUUCACCGUUCCGAUUGUGACCCACCCCCGGCCACCCCGCGCCCUUCUCUUAGCUCAGGCUGUCAACUGGCUCGUGUGUCUGUGUGUGUGGAUGGGGUGUGUGAGUGUGAGCCCACAUGUGUAUGUGUGUGUGUGUGUGUGAGUGUGUGUGUAUGGUGGGCUUGAGGGGUGGGAUGGACCAGCAGUCCUCCAUCCCUCCCACCCUGUGUCCUCCCCCCCCCCCCAGCCCUGCUGCCUCUGUGCCCCGGCUGGCGGUUGGGAUGGGGUGACAGGAGACGCCCGCCUUUCCCUUAUAUGCACGCACACCGACCCUUCCCCUCGCUCGGGAAAGGCACCUCCUGCGCAGCCGCUGUGGCUCAGCCUGGUGACUGGGUCACGGGGAUCUCCAUUCUGGCUGCUUUCCCUCUGCUCUGCCACCAGCUGCCUGUCGCCGGAAGCCCCACCACUGGCUUAGGGGCCUGAAACCUUCCCCCUUCCCCUGUUUCCCUCCCCCACCCCGAACUUUCUGGCCCCCUUCCUGGGCCAAUCGGUGCUUCCAUACAACUGUCAGGCCGGCGGCUCUGCUGUUGCCUGUCUGUCUCAGUGCUUUGCCCUACCCCCAUCACCGCUCCCCACCUUGGCCACCAGCUGCUCCUUGGGUCCCCUGCAGCUGGUCCCCAGGUGUGGGAUCCCCGGUGUCUCCACCAACUGUACCUCCCAAAGGCUGACCUGACCGCGCUCACACACACUCAGACACACACGCACCAGCGCCUGUGACCAGCAAUAUCUCCUGGCUCCCGCCGUCCCGUAGGCAGUAACCAGGACUGCACUCAAGGUGGACCCUGCGGUCAGGGAUGGGGCGCCGAAAAGCCAAGCCUGCGCUCCGGGAUGGCCGGAAUCGCCCACCCUGGCUGCCACACCGCCCAGAGUGGGGGGCAUCACCCAGACGUCCUGAGCCCAGACAAAGACACCAUGUCACCUGCUCUGACAACCCCCUAGACCUGUAACCACACACCCAAACUACACCACCCACAGCUUGGUGGAGAAGACGGCAGAGGGCAGGGGGCAAGGGGUAGUGACCGUACCUCAGACGGGGGCGUGGGCCCCAUCCCACAUUG